UUGUGCAAGUUUGAAUAUUGAAUUCGAAUUUGUUACGCUUUGCGCAAAUAUUGGAACUGCUGCGUUUCAUAGGCUGCUGCGCUGCCCACUUUUGUUAUACAGUCAUACAUAUUGUUAUUAAAAGAUAAUAAAUAUGUUGACGAUAUUAUGCUAUGCAUUUUAUUGUUACAUACAGUACCAUGUGUGUCCAGACAUGUGUCAUUUUGGCACUGUCCUCCACCUUUCUAUAAAUUACAGCUAUGAUGUGUGAUUCAUUUUCUUGAUAUCAAAUUUGAUCAUUUUUCAUCAUUUUGGGGGGGGGGGACUGAUCAUGGAAAUUCACAUGUGAAUGAAUAAUCACAUCAUUCACAUUCGGUGUACAUAGACCCAAAUUUGAAUUUGAUGACGGUCUCGAGAUUGCAAAUGAAUUAUUACUAGAUUGUAUCACUGAUAUAUUAACCUUACUUAACAACGUUGUAUUUAUAAGUCUGUAAUAACCGUAUUAUAUUGGCGUUACUGCAAGUGAAUGUGCGUUAUAGAAUCAUUAUUCGAAUUAUUAUUUAAUUGACAAAGAUUGCAGAGCAUUUACAGACAUCUAGUAAUAAUUCCUGGUUAAGUGAGGGAAAGUCAUUACUAGAGUGGAGUUCUUUAUGCACUGGUUUUGGCAAUGCAGUACUUUAAACUUCAAACUCAGCUAAUGACCCAUGUCUCCUUUUGACAUAAAGUGGUUGGUGCCCUAGAUGUACACGUGUGUCUGUCAUGAAAUAUCAGUUUAAACUUAUUUCCUGUCCGUUCAACCUCAAAAUCUCCGAGGAAGGCCUUGAGGCUGGUACAUAAAGCUAAUAAAGAGCAGUGGUACUAGCAAGAGCAGUGUGGGGUUAUUUAUUUUUUCUCUGUUCUUUCAACCUGACAAGGGGUAACACGGAGCGAAAACGGCCUGGUGGUGCUCUGGAACAGUGUGGGCUCUGAGUCGGAGGCCUCCAGCGUGUUUAGACAGGGACCUCAGUUGGACUAUGUGCCAGCCAACAACCUGGCUCCUGGGUGGGCUAUUCGGUUUGAUGUGGGUAAUACCGGUUUUGAUGACACCCACAACAUUGGCCCAGUGCAAGUCGUUGAAGACAUUGGAAACAAAACUCACCGACAGAAGACGUAACUUUAAGCACAAUUUCCCCAUUAAUUACACCAUCAGAGUUCACUAUGAAGAGAUCUUCAAACUCUGCAACAUCAGCAGGCUGCUGUUCCUCCUCCUAUCCCGCUUCCCACUACGUCACUUUAUCUCUGUUCUGUCCCUCCAGAGGGUGAGGGUGGUGGAUCUGGAGGAGGGGGACCUGCAGGGUGUGUGGCUGUUGGUCAACCAGGAGGUGUUGAAGAGAAUCUUGAGGGUCCUGCCAGAGAGACAUCCCUCCUACAAGUACACCUCCGAUCUGGAAGAUCUCUUCAGGAAGAUCCAGCAGGUGUUCCCACCACAGAGUGAUGAGAGAGAGCCCCCAGAGCGAAUAGAGGAGAUCUACAAUAGAGUGAAGGAGCCCAACUCAAAAGGGUGGAGGUUCGUGACCCCCAAAUCCCUGUUGGAUAACUGCUAUAGAACAAUGCACUGUCUCUUCAAAAACUGCUUUCCCAGUGAAGAUGGAGAGCAAGACUAUUGUAGCACUCUUCACUGGCGGAAGGGCAGAAAGAGACAACUACAGGAAACCCGAGGAGGACGUUAAUUUCCAAACAUUGCAAAUAUACACUGAGUGUAAAAAACAUUAAGUACACCUUCUUAAUAUUUAGUUGCACCCCAUCCAGAACAGCCUCAAUUCGUUAGAGCUUGUUGACUCCAAUGCUUCCCACAUUUGUGUCAAGUUGGCUGGAUGUCCUUUGGGUGGUGAACCAUUCUUAAUACACACAAUAAACUGUUGAAUGUGAAAAA